AUGACAGACUUUACCGAGCAGAAUUUAAGUUUUUGGAAGACACAUCCAGCUCUUGUACCGUUUAUCAGACGUGGAAUCAUUGAUUUUGCCAUUUUUGAUGCAACGCGCGAUACGGAUCUGCGUCUCCACUUGUCUGGUGACAUUAUACGACCUGGUGAGCUCUGCAAUCCCGUAUGUUUGAUUGCAAAUUAUCUAUUUGACACACUUAAUCACGAUCUAUUCCAAGUGGACGGUGGUAUAUUGAAGGAAGGUCUAGUCAGUGUUGGUUCGAAUCGCGAUGAAGAGCCGGAUCCGUUUGAUCCUGAGAUCAUUAUGCGCUUGAAUAACACUUUCAAGUACGUGCAAAUUGAUGAAACGUACUAUGGAGAGACCAAUCCACACUGCAACAAUAUUCUCAAAUGGUAUCAUGAAUACUUUGACCCUGCAUCGUCAGGUGCCACAAUUUUGGUGCCUAUUGGAGCCCUUUCAGCCAUCGAGCGUCUCGCGGCGCUAUCAAAGAAUGGACUUGUGACUCUAUCAGGGGAUAAGGGAAACAACAAUCCUGAUCAUUUUCGAGGAGUUAGUGACCCGCAUAUUGCUAUUCAUGGCAGCUUCUCUGUUAUGGUCAACUACCACGCGAUUGGUGUGUAUUUUGCAAGUCGCGGUGGGUUUACAUUGCACAGCCCACAAGAAGAAGCUAGCCUGAAAGUGUCUGUAUUUGUCCUUCCAGCAAACGCAGCUGGCAAAGACGAAGCUACUAGCUUAGCAAUGAUGGAUCUACAUGGCACAGGACUGGACGAAACUUGUGCGAAGCGAAGUCUCCAAUUUCCGCACCUUUUGACAGCAUAUGAAGGCAAUAUUGUGUCGUUUGGGCCCAAUGAUUUCUUUGUGCUGCAGAAAGCCACAAAGGAGGAUGCCCAAGUUCCGAAUUUGAAGACCGUGUUGUCUCUGAUGCGUCUAAGUGGGUGGGAUCCAGAUGUGUUUUAUAAGUUUCGCGAUGUAUUGUUGAAUCAAUCGCCAACUGCUGCUGCCAAGCUGAGGCAAGAUGUGAUGUACGGCAUCCCGCUGGUCUGGAAAAACUACUACGCAUUGGAAAAAGAGAAGGAUAUUGCAUUUGAAAUUGGGCGCCUCUACUACGGCUUGCAUGAAUACGACAGCGCAUUGAUCUUCUAUACCUUAUCUGUGCAGGAAAUGGGCAAGCACCAUGUCACAAGUCAUAACAUGGGGCUAUGCUAUUACAGCAAGAAGCAACUGGAGCUAGCGGCCACAUGCUUUGAGGAGGCUUCGGCGCUUGACCGUUCGUAUCAAAAAGCGGCUACUUGGCUUCAGCGCGUCCGCAAAGAGCUAGGUGUUGUGCCAGGCGAUGAUGGUAUAUCUGCAGUGCUCAAUCACAGUUCAGCAGCUCACAGGUAA